AGCAGCACUCAGUGCCGUCCAGGCUGAAAGCAUCGGAGCUAUUUCAGACACAUUAAAAGGGCCACAGUCAAUACCUCAGCUGGUAGAAGAAGGUACCUCUUUCAGCAUCAAAAGGAGGUGUGCCUACUCACUUGACGGGAUAAGCCUCUGUCGUAAAAAUGUCAAAACAACCUGCAUCACAUGUCAAAGCCAUUCAGGCUAAUAUUAACAUCCCAAUGGGAGCAUUUCGACCUGGUGCAGGCCACCCUCAUAAAAGAAAAGAAGUUACACCUGAAGAAGUGGAGGAGAAUGCUCCUGCUUCAACAGAGGAGGAGAAAGAGAAGAAACUGCUCCCAGGAGCUAAGGAACUUCCAGGUCUUGCUGUCAACUUGUCAGAGAUUCAGAACAUAAAGAGUGAGCUGAAAUAUGUCCCCAAAGCUGAACAGUAGCUGGAAGAAGCAGGUCUGACAAGUGAAACCGAAUGGAUUCCAAAGAAUGGAGAAAAUUUCAAAUAUUUUAUAUAUUUGUAUGAAGACUAUGAACUUCCCAACUCUUCAAUACCCCAUAAGAAGCAUCUUCUUUGUACAUUUAUAUCAAUGCUUUCUCAUCCAUUUUGUUUAACAUAGGAAAGUAGUGCUGAAAUAGAACAAGGCAAUGAAUAUGUGUAUGUACAGGAAUGAUU